AUGCCCUACGACGCCCUCGUUCUCGGAGCUGGCGUGUACGGCCUCACCAUUGCCACUGAGCUGGCCGACCGUGGAGUCAAGGUCGCCGUCGUCGCUCGUGACCUCCCCGAGGACCUCACCAGUGUCGGCUUUGCGUCGCCGUGGGCUGGCUGCAACUGGUGCUCGUUCGAGACCGACGGCAGCACGCCGGCUGCCGAGUGGGACGCUAUCACGUACAAGUAUUUGGGCAAGCUAAGCAAGGAGCACCCCGACCUGUGCAAGCGCAUCACCUUCUACGACGUCUGGGACGAGGACCGCGGCAAGCCGUGGUACUCUGACCUUGUCUUCAACUGCUCCGUCGAGAAGGGCUCGCCCGACUCGCCUCUCCCUGGUGGCUUCCCCUUUGGCGCCAAAUUUGAGUCGUACAUCCUGCACGCUCCGAACUACCUGCAGCACCUUGCCAAGAAGCUUCGCGAGCGUGGUGUCCCCAUCAUCCGCCGACGUCUCUCGGCCCUCGAUGAGGCUUACGACCUUCCGGAGGUCGGCCCCGUCGACCUGGUCGUCAACUCUCUCGCUCUCGGCAACCGUACGCUGAUUGGUGUCGAGGAUGAGGCGAUGUACCCGGCCCAGGGCCAGACUGUGCUCGUGAAGGCUCCCCUCGUGAACCGCUGCACCAUGAGCACUGGCACCGUUCUCUCGAAGAGCACGCCCGGCGAGGAGAUUGCGUAUAUCAUUCCGCGACCCGGUUCCGAGGGCCACGUCAUCUGCGGCGGCACCUACAACCGCAACAACUGGAGCACCGUCCCCGACGCCCGCGAGGCUGAGCGUAUCCUGAAGGCGUGCUAUGCCCUUGACCCGCUCCUUGCUGGCCCCAACGGAAAGAGCUGGAGGGACAUUGAGAUUGUGGCGCACAACGUUGGUCUUCGACCGAGCCGCGACGGCGGCGUCCGUCUCGAGGUUGAGAAGCGCACGCUCGGCGAGAACAAGAUCCUCGUCCCCAAGAUGGCCGGCCAGAGGAGGCGCGACGUCACCGUUGUCCACGCGUACGGCCCUGGUGGUGCGGGAUACCAGUCCUCGAAGGGCCUGGCCGAGAAGGCUGCCGACCUCGUCAUGCAGAACGUCGGCGCUAGGGCCAAGCUCUAA